AUGAGCGGCGAAAAGGAGAAGUUGGUCGAGGCCGAGUCGGUCAAGAAGUUCGCCUUCUUCGGUGUGGCUGUCAGCACUGUCGCCACCCUAACGGCCAUCGUUGCCGUCCCGAUGCUGUGCAUGUACAUGCAGAACGUCCAGUCCAACCUCCAGGACGAGAUCAACUUCUGCCGCACUCGCGCCGAGUCUCUCCGCGGAGAGUACACCAAGCUCGAGCACUACCGCCAGGGCGAGAAGGAGCGUGAGAAGCGUCAGGCCUACCAGACCGCCCCUGGAUAU